AUGGCUUCCAUCACUCAUUCCUCAAAACCACAGAUCGUAUUGAUACCCUGGGAUCCCACUUCUCCUGAACAUGUCGCUCGAUUAGUACAGCAACGUAUCGCUUGCGGAUGGGAUCAUGAAGCCGUCGAAUCAUGGAGAAAAACUCAAGAGAGUGGAAAGCUCAAUAAUCAAUGGAUUGUUCUUUCAGAUUCCGACCCUGAAAAAGAUGCCAAAGUACUCAAGCAUACUGAGAUGUACCCUCAAGAAUCAGAACCGCUAGUUGACUCUGCUCCAUCUUUUGGAGGCAAACCUCGAGAUAUUCCCUCGCCACAGAGAACUUUUACCCCAAUUGGACAUAUCUGUUUAGGUCUUCCGUCUGAAAAAUAUCUAACACUUGGAUAUAUUCCAAAAACCGAAGGGUUUUACUGGAUAUCCAACUUCUACAUCUCCCGUGCCCUUCAAGGAACCGGAUUGGGAAAGAUAGCUAUGGACACUGUCGAGAAUUUAGCAAUUUCCAAUCCGUUGUACGCGAAAACUUUGGGUUUGAAUGCGAUUAAUAAAGUAGAUCCAGAAAGGGAAGAGAAAUAUAAGGUUCUUGACUUGGUUAUUCCACCAUUCUCAAAUCAAGAAUGGUAUGAGAGAAGAGGUUAUCAAGCUUAUAAAACGGUGGAAAAUCUAUUUGGUCCAAGAGUUGACUCGACGGGAAAAUCUUGGUAUUGGGGUUCUGUGUUUUUGAAAAAGGAAAUUUCCAAUUAG